AGUAAUUAGAAUUUUAAAUUGUGUCCAUUUAAUGGUAAUCCAAAUGAUCCAAAUUCUAAAAUGUUUUCAUUUGUUUAUUGUGAUUCUUUGAAUUUCGUUGGGCCUAAAUCAGAAAAAUAUUGAUUCUUUUCUCACCUUUACUUUUAUUUAUUUUUUAAUCGAAUAUAAAUUUUGAUGAUUCUCGAAGGUCUUGGAAUUCCUUUGUUUAAGUUGAUUGGUGGUUAUUUCGAUUAGUUGAAUCCUUGGAUUGGAAUCAAUGUUUCAAAGUCAUUACUCUGUUCUCGGUGCAACAAUUUUCAACUAUUUCAUCAAGUGACAUUUCAUAAUCUUGCUAUUCAACAUUUUCUAUUCUAGAUUAUUCUCUUGAAUAAUUGAUUCCAAAGGUAUAAAUAUAACUUACUAUCCAACUGGUUAGCUCAUUUCAAUCAUGGAGUUUCCUGAUUUGGGUAAAAAUUGUUCCAAUCCAAAUUGCAAGCAACUUGAUUUUCUACCUGUUGUUUGUGACUCAUGUAAUAAGGUCUUUUGUAUCACUCAUUAUCCAUACGAAAGUCAUUCGUGUCCCAAUUCAUUCCAGAGAGAUAAUCAAGUUCCCGUUUGUCCAUUAUGUAAUCAACCUGUUCCAUUGCGAAAAGGUGAAUCACCGGAUAUAAGGGUCAAUUCUCAUAUUGAAGAUGAAUGUCAGGAUGGUAGAGCAGUUAGAAAACGAUCAACCAUUUACAAGAAUCGAUGUUCUUUCGAGAAAUGUAAAAAGAAGGAAUUAAUUCCGAUUACCUGUGAUGUGUGUAGGAAAAAUUUCUGUCUUAAACAUCGUAAUCCAUUGGAUCAUAAGUGUACAACAAGGGAGAAUAAACCAAAUGGAUCUAAUACCGGAAAUUGGAGUAAUUGGAGUAACUUAUCGAAAUCUGGUGAGGCCGCUUUACGUCGUAUACAAGCGGCCACUUCUAGUGUAACAAAUAGUACAUUUGGACAUAGUGAAAAUCGUACCAGUGGUAUUGCUAAUCAACAGAAAUCAUCUUCAAGAGUUAAAUCAGUUCAAGGUGAUUAUACUGAGGACGAAGCAUUAGCUUGGGCCCUACAACAAUCUCUCAACGAUCAAUCAUCAAGAGCAGCGUUAAGAGGAUCAACCAGAUCGAAUCGAACCAAUGAAACCAGUGAUUUCGCUCGAAGCAAAGACAAAUGUUCAGUCACAUAGAAUUGACAAUGAUCGUGGUCAAUUUCAUUAUCGAUAAUGAUACAAUUGUACAAAGGAAAUGAUUCAAACUAAAUUGUAGCGAAUGAUUUUGUUGAAUGUUCUAAUUUCUAUUCUUUACCUAUUUUCUAUCUCAACUAAUUGCACCUUUUCUUGGAAAAUUUAUUUAAUCAUUACAAUUUUAAUCCAUUAUUAUUACCACAUAAUCUAUGACAAUCAAGCAAUUUAAUCUUUUCAGUUAUAUUAUUUAUUGGUAAUUCUCAUUGUAACUAAGUAACUAACUGAUCUAAAAGUGUAACAAACUUACAAUAAUCAACUCAAAUCAAGAUUAUUGAUUAAACCUGAAAAUGAACGAUUAGUUUCAACGAAAAUUGAUCAACAUGAAAA